AUGGGUACCGGCAAGAAGGAGGCGACCCGCAAGGUUCGCCAGGGCAAGACCAGCGAUGGCAUGGCGAACGUCAAGACCAAGGGCGAGAACUUCUACAGAGACGCCAAGAAGGUCAAGACGCUCAACAUGUUCAGGGAUGGCAAGGCGCAAAGGAACGCACAGGGAGACAUCACAAAGGCUGCCGUGUUCCAGAGUAGAGCAAAGCCGUCCGCCCGAGUUGAGCCGAACCGGAAGUGGUUCACCAACACCAGAGUCAUCUCGCAGGAUGCGCUGGAGUCGUUUCGUGGUGCAGUGGAGGCGCAGAGCAAGGAUCCAUACAGCUACUUGCUUAAGCAGAACAAGCUUCCCAUGAGCUUGAUCCACGACAACAAGGACAAAGAGCGGAAAGAUGGUCUGAUACAACACAAGGCGAAGAUACGGAUAGAGACUGAGAAGUUCGGCGACACAUUCGGACCAAAAGCACAGCGGAAGCGACCGCGGUUGGACGUGUCAAGCAUAGCAAACAUGGCGGAGCGAUCGACAACCGACUACUCGAAGUUUGAAGAGCGACAAGCGGAAGCACGAUAUCUUGCUGGACUCGGUGAGGGUGAGCCGAACGAAUCCGUGGACGCAUCAAUUCUGGCCGACGGACAGAUAGCGACGGCGAGAGAACCAGUCUUUUCCAAAGGUCAAAGCAAGCGAAUAUGGAACGAACUCUACAAGGUCAUCGACAGCUCCGAUGUGGUCAUACACGUCCUUGAUGCGCGGGAUCCUGAUGGCACCCGCUGUCGAAGCGUCGAAAAGUACAUCAAGGAAGAGGCACCACACAAGCACUUGCUAUUCUUAUUGAACAAGUGCGAUCUGGUGCCAACCAGUGUUGCGGCGAGGUGGGUCAAACACCUGUCGAAAGACUACCCGACCUUAGCAUUCCACGCCAGUAUGACAAACAGCUUCGGCAAAGGCACGCUUAUCUCGCUACUACGACAGUUCUCUUCCCUCCACAGUAACCGCAAGCAGAUCUCGGUUGGCUUCAUCGGCUAUCCCAAUACUGGCAAAUCAUCGAUCAUUAACACACUCCGAAAGAAGAAGGUGUGCACAGUCGCACCUAUCCCAGGCGAGACGAAAGUCUGGCAGUACAUUACUUUGAUGAAGCGAAUAUACCUCAUCGACUGCCCUGGUAUCGUCCCACCUUCAAUGACGGACUCGCCCGAGGACAUUCUGCUACGAGGCGUAGUGCGUGUAGAGAACGUGGAGAACCCAGCACAGUACAUCCCAGCUAUACUAGCGAAGUGCAAACAGCACCACCUCGAGCGGACCUACGAGAUGAAGGGUUGGAGUAUGGACGAUGAUACAGCAUUUGCAGAUAAGCCAGAGAAGCAGAGAACGGAAGAAGGCAUCAAGUUCCUGGAGGUCUUGGCACGGAAAGGCGGCAGACUGCUGAAGGGUGGUGAAGCGGACAUGGACGGAGUCGCCAAGAUGGUCUUGAACGACUUCCUGCGAGGCAAGAUUCCCUGGUUCAGCCCGCCACCUGCAACAGUGGGCGAGGACGAGAAGCCGGUGGAGAGCAGGGACGAGGCACUGGGCUUCACACAUAAGAAGAGGAAGCGAGAGCUCGGUGACAGUGGAUCGCAAGCCGCCGAUGAAGAGCAGGAUGAGGAGGACGACGACGACGAGGAUGGUAAGGAUGACGAAGGCUUCGAAGGUUUUGACGAGAACGAUGACAAUGCUAGCGAUGAUGCAAAGUCUGGUGGCGUGGAAAUAGAUCCUGGCGAGAGUGAUGACGAGACGCCGACUUGA